UGUAGGAUAUGCACUGUGAUGUUAUAUUAAUGCGAAUUAAGAAGUAAAAUAAAAUGAUUUGUUUAUGUACAACGUCACAUUCCGAGAGAUAUGGGAUUCAACGGAAUGAUGUUUAAUUAAACGUAACUUGGCAAUUCGCAAGCUGCUCGACUCGUCGAACCAAGAAUGGGAAUAAUGCAAGGUAUGAAUAGAGAUUGGACCGAAGAAAGGAAAUUCUCUCUCUCUCUUUCUCUUUCUCUCUCUCUCUCUAUCUCUGCAGAUUGUUAGAUUAUAAAUUAAAACAUUUGGGAAUCAAAGAGAUUACUAUACCCAGGGAACGCCUUCCGUAUAAUAUCUCUUACGUAAUUUACUCUCCCAUUACAGAGUUUGAUUUAAAGAAAUGAUUAACAUACAGGAAUUUAUUUAAUCUCUUCAUUUACGAUCGAGCGAGAGCAAUUAUUUCGACUGUUUCAAGUAUUUCCUGUCGGGAUGCCGUUCCUCGACACUCCAAAUUAGUAAUUGCACUUCAACAUUGCGUGUCACUCCGAUGAGAAUCAUUCGUUUGCCGCCAGUAUUAUUUCAUUUGUACAAGAUCCAGAUUUUUUUCUCGAUUACACGUCAAAUUUAGUAUAAUAGAUGAUCUGCGCGAGAUUUAUAAUGCGUUUUCUCGACCGAAUAAUUUCACGAUGGCACAUCGCAAGUCAGUCGCCGACAGAAUUGAGGAUUUUAGAUAGCACAUGAAAUCGGAGACGUGGAGCUUUCGGGUCGUCGGACAUAGUCGGUAUAAUAUACACCAGCUUCGAAUCCUCGGCGGGGAUGGUUGUUGCACAGGGAGAGGACUGAAACGGACGAGGAACGAACAGAAGCAGGCAGAUCCUAACUUUAAGGAGCCAAUAACCAAUGUAACUGCACCAGUGGGAAGAGAAGCCAUCCUGUCCUGCGUUGUUCAAGAUCUCGCCGGAUAUAAGGUGGCAUGGUUGCGUGUCGACACGCAGACUAUUUUGACGAUAGCGAGCCACGUGAUCACGAAGAAUCACAGGAUCGCGGUUUCUCACAGCGACCACCGAACGUGGUUUCUUCACAUACGGGAAGUGCGAGAGUCCGAUAGAGGCUGGUACAUGUGUCAGAUAAAUACGGAUCCUAUGAAGAGCCAGAUCGGUUAUCUCGAGGUGGUCGUGCCACCCGACAUCCUGGACUAUGAUACCAGCACGGACAUGGUGGUGAUGGAGGGGCGGAACGUGACCCUGCGUUGCGCCGCGACCGGCUCUCCGGCGCCUAACAUCACCUGGCGACGCGAGGACGGUCAGCAAAUUCAGCUCGGGAACGGGGAGGAAGUUUCGAGUGUGGAUGGCUCGAGUUUCAAUAUUACAAAAGUAAAUCGGCUACAUAUGGGUUCCUAUUUAUGCAUCGCAUCCAAUGGCGUGCCACCUUCUGUCAGUAAAAGAAUAAUGCUUACUGUGCAUUUUCCACCAAUGAUUUGGGUUCAGAAUCAAUUAGUUGGUGUCCGCGAAGGUCAGAAGCUGACUCUCGAAUGCUACUCAGAAGCAUUUCCGAAAUCUAUCAAUUAUUGGACCAGAGAUCAGGACAAGAUUGUAGCGCAAGGAGGAAAAUACGAGCCAGUGCUGAAAGAUAACGCGUACAAGGUACACAUGAUACUGACGAUAAACACCGUCAGUCCGGCGGAUUACGGCUCGUACAAAUGUGUCUCUAGAAAUUCGCUGGGCGACACUGACGGCAGCAUUAAAGUCUAUCCAAUAUCGAACUCCACUUCCAACGACAGCAACACCAAGCACAAAGGUAAACCAAGGCAUAAUUCAGGGAACGAUAUCCUGGGUGGAAAUCAAGAUAUGCUAAAAGAGCCAGAUUCGAAACUACGAAAUCGUAAGGAGAACGGAGGGGACAUAACGGAUUAUGAUGACUCCAGCGCCAACAGCAACGGUAGCUCGUUGCUCUUGUUGAUCCUCGUCGCGCUGUGCCUCUGUCUCCAUCAUCAUCCGCAGAUGCGUACGUUGCAUCCGGCCUGAGAUCUACCCGCGACAGCGCUGCACGCUAUCACACACGUACUUCGAUCAUCGAAACAUAUGACUUUGUACAUCCACUUGUAAAUUCAUCGCUCAGGGACUUCAGUCGAGGAUGAAUAUCGUCGAGGACUGCGUUGACCAUACUACACUUUAAACUUAAACGAUAAGAUAAUAAUACUGUAAGUAGCAUUAGUGGCGUCUCCGCAACUCGCGUAGUUCGCUAAGGGAGGAUUACGACUUAAGAAACGGUCAUUGCGGACAAUUUCGGGCCCGGAAUUGAGUGCGCAAAUCUACCCUAUGUGCCCGGUAAUCAUGUUCAACGUUGCGGAACUCUUACUCUUUAUUUAUCUUGGUGUUGCGGAUUAGCAGUACCGCAGAGAUAACUGAAAUAUCUAUAAAUUUUGAACAUUAUAACAACCGUGAUAAAGAAACGACUAAUUUUCGAAAAGAAUAUGCGAGUUAAAUAUUUUGAUUACCCUUAAUUAUUUUUUAACACAAUUUUUUUUUUUUUUAAAAGAAGAGCUCUUAUUUUUGAUCGUUAUCAAUAAUUUCAUUUGUUUAUGUGCACUAUGAAAAUAAUAUUCUACGCAACUGUGAGAUAACUUUUUACAUACAUCUAAUAAUUUCUCUAUGAAAUAACGUAUAAGAAAAAAAAAAAUCUUUUUUAUCGAUCAAGAAAGUACGAAUUUGCACUACAAAAUCCGGUAAUGAUCAAUCCUGACAACGAGCAAUAAGCGCAAAGUCUUAUUGAGAAGAAAUAAAUUUCUAUGAAGAAACACGUCUACGAAAGACGGACAGUUGGCAGUGUUUUGUGUCAUUUUUAAUUGGCUAUCGGACGUCUAUUACGAAUCGAUGGCCGAACGAUGCGACAAUGUGACGAUGCGGCUACAUCGAUUGAAGGAGAAGGUAGCUUACACGUUUAUUAGAGACUAUGGCAGUGCUAACCAAUUCAAGUAAAGAAUGAACGUCUCAAUUAGACAGACUCAAACUUCUUUCGAACUGCCAAUCUUUCUCGACAAAUCUAAAAGCGUAUCGAAUAUUUUAGAAAUAUACUUCACACACGGCAUAAAUAGAGAAAUCAAAUACUAUAUAAAAGUUUUUAAUUAUGUUUUGUAUUUAUUUAUCACGAGCAAAUUCAAGCGAUUAAGAAUAUAUAUUAAAAUUUUCAAUUUGAUCUCUCUUCAUGAAGAGCAUGAAUACUUUUCAAUACUACGAAGAUGGCAAACUUUCUUCUAUGCUACUUUUUCUUUCUCUCUUUUUCUCUUGCUUGCUUUCUCUAUAUAGUUUCAAGCAAUGUUUUAUUCUUUUAAAUGAGCCGGUACAAUUUUUUUUUCUUUAAAAACGUAAGCCUGUAAAAGUUGACUGCGCGAUUUAUCUCGUUUUAUUCAAUAGAUAGCCGUCUUCUCUAACGAGUUAUUAAAGUUGCAUCAAUACAGUGACAUCGGUCGGCAUCAUUUUAAAUGAUUCUUUGUAACUCCUGAAUUUUGAUUAAAAAAGAUUAUCAUGUGCAUAAAGUAGCUAGCAUUAAUUUCAUAGAAUAUACGAGGCGUAUUAUAUUAAUCGCCAUCGCUUGAGGACUCGCACCAAAAGGAAAUCCUCGACGGACAUCCUGGAUUGUUCAUUAGAAUUUGUACCGGGAAGGACGUUUGUGUUAGCUGAAAUCUGUUCUAUAAUAACUCUCUGUAUAGUAUGAUAUUAUGUAUAGUAUCAGUAUAAUUACUGAUAUAUGUACUAUAUAUAUAGACACAGUAUAAAUGUAACGAUGCCACAUCGGCGUUCCUCGAAUUUUUCAGCGAAACUAUUAAAUUAAUAAUUUCUCCCAUCUUUGCAUAAAAUUUUGCUUAAGUAGUCCUUAAGCAGGAUUAUCAAUUUUAUAAUUAUUUUAUUUAAAUUUUC